AUGCUGCUCACAAGAUCAGCUUCGCGGCUGCAGACACUGGCCCGGCCCGCGAUAUCGUCAUCGAGAGGGCUGUCUUCCUCGACCACUGCGCUCGCAGCAGCAGCGUCCGCAAAGAAGCGCAUCGCCGUGCUCGGCGGUGGCAUCUCGGGUCUCACUUCCGCCUACCGUCUCGCUCAACAAUUGCCUAAAGACAGAUACGACAUCCUACUUCUCGAACAUCACAACAGGCUCGGUGGCUGGAUUCAGUCCGGGCGGAUCACUCUCCCGUCAACACAGGAAGCUGCUGCUCCCAAUGCGACGGCACUUAUCGAACAGGGACCACGCAGCAUUCGUCCUGCGGGCUAUUCUGGCCUCAUGAUGCUCGAACUCGUCCGAUCGCUCGGAUUACUAGAGAGGCUGCUCAAAGUACCCAAGACCGCGCCAUCAGCACAAAACAGAUAUCUGUACUACCCUGACCGACUCGCAAAGCUUCCCAGCAGCAUCCCUUCGCUCCUAUCAGCACUGCUCAAACUGCCCUUCCUACGAGCGAUCAUUCCUGGCGUGCUGCGCGAACCACGUAUACCAUCACGCUUCCAGCAUCCACGCUCAGAAUCGCAAUCGGAAAAGCAGCGACUGCAGCAUCGAGAAUGGAUCGAGGACGAGAGCGUCGAUUCGUUCGUGUCACGGCGCUUCGGCAAGGGUUUGGCCGAGAACUUGCUGUCGGCGGUCAUACACGGUAUCUAUGCAGGUGAUACGAGGAAGCUCAGCGUACGAGCGGUGUUGCCGUUCUUGUGGGAGGCAGAACGAGUUCACGGAAGUGUGUUGCGAAGCAUGCUGUCUACCAAGAGAAACAAACGGCAUCGGGCUCUGCCAGAAUCUGAGGCGGCGGUAAAGGCAGCGAAAGAAGAUCGUGUCAAGCAGAUCGAACAAGAGCUCGGAAAGGAGGUGGUGGAUAGCUUCAAGUCGAUUAGCGUGUACAGCUUUCCAGAAGGCGUACAGGAGAUCGUUGAAGCUUUGGAGUCGCGACUAGCGGAACACGACAAUGUCAAGAUCCGGAAGGGUGACGGUGUCCGAUCUAUCCUUGUCGACGGUAAAGGCACAGUCAGUCUGCGCACAGACAGUGGAGAGACAAUCGAGGCGGACCGCGUGAUCUCCAGUAUCCCAUCGUCUCGGCUCGCAGACGUCCUUCCUCAAGACGCGUCGCUCCCGCAUCUCAAGCACAAUCCAUCUGCAAACGUGGGUGUCGUCAACCUUGUCAUUUCGCCGGACGCUGUCGCAUCAUCCGGCAAGCCUUUGGUGCCGGUGGAGGGCUUUGGCUAUCUCAUCCCACGUACGACGCCAGGAAAUGAAGACGGCAUCCUGGGAGUCGUCUUCGACAGUGACGCCAUCCCUGAGCAAGAUUCGGUCGAUCCUGCUUCGCGCCCGGUCAAGCUGACCGUCAUGAUGGGUGGCUCCCACUGGUCGGAACUGGAAAGGCUUCCCAGCGAGGAGGAGAUGAAGAGGCGCGCAAUCAAGGCUGUGUCUUCGCACCUUGGCAUCGACCGAUCCUUGCUUGAAGACACGUCUCGGGUGACGGUCAAGGCGACGUUACAGAAGGAUUGCAUUCCUUGGUACCUGGUUGGUCACCCUAUGCGAAUGUCGCAGCUCCACAAGGCGUUGGAGAAGAGUGAGACACUUGCCGGCAAGCUGACCUUGGUGGGCGCUAGCUACACUGGUGUCAGUCUCAACGACUGCGUCGCCUACGCCACGGAAGCAGCCGAACGCAUCGUCGAUGCUGAGUUGCACGGCGGAGACCGCGUGGUGACAGGUCUUGCUUCGUUCGCCAUCCCUCCUGUUGCGCCGUCUCGCACUUCGACGAGUAUCGCUGCUAAGGCCAGGGAGGGCGAUGCGCGUCCGGGCACGAAUCCUCAAGGCUUGAUGGGUCCUACUACUACUGCGCCGAAUCAGUUCUCUGUAGCUCGCGGCAUUCAUGCAAGGGCCUUUUCUACAAGUCGCAGGAGACCGAACGUCUCUUCCUCAUCAAUCCCGCCAUCGUCGUCAGCACCUACAAGUCCCAGCCAAGGGAAGCCAACCAAGAACCUCAACGAGAUCCUUCUCGACAGCAUCCGCGCAUCCGGACCGAUGCCCGUCUCGACAUACAUGCGAACCUGCUUGCUUGAUCCCAUGCAAGGCUACUACUCGUCCGCCAAUUCCCCCGCCACAUCACGCGAGGUGCUCGGCAGCAGAGGCGAUUUCAUCACCUCCCCCGAAAUCUCCCAGGUGUUCGGCGAGCUUGUUGCCAUCUUCUACCUUGCACGAUGGCAAUCCGUCGGCGCACCAUCUGCAACCAGGAUCGUCGAGCUUGGACCAGGCAAAGGAACCUUGUUGGCGGACAUGCUGAGGACGUUCGCCACUUUUAAGCCGUUCAUGGCGACGCUGAAACGCAUUCACCUGGUGGAAACGAGCGACGGGUUGAUGGAGCUACAGCUGAAUGCUAUUCAAGAGUCUCUGGCUGUUGCAGGCAAGAAGGUGGUCAGUGCUGAAGAGGAGGCAGGAGCGGAUGGGGUGGUGGUCGAAUGGUUCCCUGGUGUCGAUAUGGUGCCGGUACUGCCGGAAGAAUUCACCAUCCUGACAGCGCACGAGUUCUUCGACGCGCUACCAACGCACAUCUUCGAGAAAGGUGUCGAUGGCAAGUUCAGAGAAGUGUUGGUGGGCAUCAAGCCCAAGUCUGCGAUCACCGUCUUGAGACCAGGACAAGAUCUGCAGAAAUCCGAAAGGGACAACGAAGAGUUAGGGUUCGUUCUCAGCCCCACGCCCACUCCCUGGGCGCAGAUGCUGGUGCAGAACAAUCCACGUUUCCAACAUCUCCAACCGGGUCAACGUGUAGAAGUGAGUCCGGAAGCAUGGGCCGUCGCACGCAGAGUCGGAGAGAUCGUCGCCGGUCGAUCCGCCAGCGCUCCCACGAACCUCACCACUCCACCACCUUCCGCACCCGAAGGCUCAGCAGAAGCUGCGGCAGAAUCCGCACUGCAAGCCGACAAACUCGAGUCGCAACGUCGGCAAGAAUCCCAGCGUCUCUCGCACCCAACCGUGGGCGGCAUCGGUCUGAUCAUCGAUUACGGAGACGACAAGGCCUACGGAUCCUCCUUCCGCGCCUUCCGAAACCACUCGCUCGUACCCGUCUUCGAGUCUCCCGGUUCCGUCGAUCUCACCGUUAACGUCGACUUCCUCCACCUCAAGAGCGCCCUCCAAACCACGGAUUCGAGGUACCUAGGUCCGAUCGAUCAAGCUGAUUUCCUCGUAGGAAUGGGUCUGCAAAUGAGAACAGAGAGGUUGAUCAGAGGCAGGGGCGAGGAGGAUGAAAAGAGGAUCAAGGACGCAGCUAACAGGUUGGUCGAUGAUACGGGUAUGGGCGUUCAGUACAAGGCCCUGGCGAUCAGUGGGAGGGUUUGGAGCGAGGGAGAGGCAGAACAGGCAGGGAAUGAGAGGGACAAGAGUCGUGACCCCGACAUCUACCCGUUCGAGUUCGAACAAUGA